AUGCCUCCCACGUCGGACACUCUGAUAUGCAGAUCGAACACCUGGAUGCCGACUCUGACACCGACUCCAUGGCAGAGGAAGCCAGAGGAGUCGAGGACUCGGCGGUCCUGGGACGCCACUACUUUCGCCAUUGGCGUCUGGUUGGGUCGAUGGCGGUAUGUGCAAUCGAUCUACCCAGAUAUAUUUGAUUUCGCAACGCUGAUAAAGACCCAGGCUAUGGUUCUGAGCUACGCUGCGGGGUUUUGGGCAUAUGUGAUGCCUUCAUUCUCUCUGAGCGUCAUUCUCGCGGAUCUUGGCCCGAGUCCGAAUUCAAUCUGGAUCAUUCUCUCUUUGACAAUUUGCCAGACCGUCUCCUUCACCAUUGUCGGUCGUUUGUCGGACCUGUUUGGUCGUCGUUGGUACCAGAUCAUCUUCGGCACCAUCGCUUUCGUCGGAUACAUCGUCGCCAGUCGAGCAAAGACAGUCAACACGCUGAUUGGGGCUGGCGUCCUCAUGGGAUUUGGAUCAGCCACUCAGACCCAUUGUGCCGCCAUCGGGGCAGAGCUCUUGCCAAACAAAUAUCGCUAUCUGUACUUCGGCGCAGUCGCUUUUCUCUUUGGCCCUCUGUCAGCAAUUGCGCCUGGUAUUGCACUGACCUUGGCCACACACACUUCCCAAGGCUGGCGAUCAAUCUACUAUCUCCUGGCCGGCACAACCUUUGCCGCAGUCAUUCUGUUCAUCAUCUGCUACCAUCCUCCCAAGUUCGAUCAACUGCAUACCCGGCAUACCAAAUGGCAGUUCAUCAAGUCGCUUGAUUACGUCGGCUUGAUCCUCUUCUGCGGUGGAGUGGUACCGUUCCUCUUCGGAAUUUCGUGGGGUGGACAGAGAUAUCCCUGGGAAUCGUACAAGGUCAUUGUGCCUAUCGUGGUCGGCGGGGUUGUCAUGAUCGUUUUCGUCCUAUGGGAAUACUUUGGAAAGCCAGCCCUGCCUCUGCUUCCACUUCGCCUGUUCAGGAGCCGCAACUUUAACUGCCUGCUGGCAUGCUCUUGUUUUGGCUCCAUGGUCUUCUACGCCUUGUGCAUCCUUUACCCACAGCAGCUGGGGUACGUUUUUGGCAGAUCACCAAGUCAGGCUGGUUGGUACAGCUGCACAAUCACGGCCGGCGUGCUAGCUGGGCAGGGAAUGGCUGGGUUCACGGUGAAAUUAUUCAAAUACAUAAAGUGGCAGCUUCUCCUGUCCUGCAUUAUCUUCACGGCCUUUGUUGGCGCCAGCGCCGCAGCGAGCUUGACUCUUUCAAUGGCCGCUGUUUUCAGCAUCCUUGUCGGCCUCGGCAUCGGAUACAUGGAAAUCAUCACGAUAAGUGGUGCACCUCUCAUGGUUGACACCAAAGACUUUGGAAUUGCCAUUGGUGCCCUUUUCAGCAUCCGGACGUGCUUCUCCACAAUAUCAGACGCGGUGUAUGUCACAAUCCUCAACACUCAAAUCACCAAGAACUUGCCCAAGUACGUCAUUCCCGCCGCCAUGAAGGCCGGCCUAACUCAGAACGCGGCCAUCCAGCUGGUCCAGGACAUCGCUGCUGGCGAUCAAGCGGCGCUCGCCACAAUUCCAGGCAUUACUCCUCAGGUCAUCCAGAGUGCCACCGAUGCUGCUCACACUGCCUUUUUCAAGUCGUUCCAGAUGGUGUACUACUCGUCGAUCGCUUUUGCUUUUUGUGCUGUGAUUGCCGCGCUCUUGGUGGAGGACAAGUUGCUCGAGGAUGCCAUGACUGACAGAGUUGCUCGAAAACUGCAAGGAAUCAAGACUGAGCAGCGCGAAAUCAAGGUCGUCGCGGCCUAA